AUGGCGGUAAUUUGGGGUCUCGACAUGAAGGAGAUGCAAUGGGGCAAGUUCAAGUCCGGCUACAUGUGGAACAACACGUAUCACAACCGUCGCACAAAGUUCAUCAUCUACCAACUCGCCAUGAUUCUCUGCGUUGUUAGUGAGAGUCUGGGAACCGCUGCGCUGUCUGCAGACUACGUCGACCAGCAAAAGUUCGUCUCAAAGCUCGACCGCAACGUCAUGAUCCACAACAACAACUUCGUCGGCAUCGCAUCGUACAACAUCUUCGUCGGUAUCUUCGUCGCCACCAUUUUCGGUGCCGCCUUUUUCUUCGAUCUCUUCUGGCCUGAGCGACAAGAGUCGAGAGGCGUCAUCAACGCUUGGAAAGCUUGCUCAGUCUUUGCUUGCAUGCUUACGCUCUCCGACGCCCUUGCAUACACUUACAUCACCGCGAGCAAGAGUGCGCACCUAACCGGCACGGACUUCGAGCGCGGACAGGGCCUGUUGUCGCAGUUCAAGAAGGCCGGCGAGACUCCGCUCGCUUACAACAAGAAUGGGCGGGCGAUUGCUAGUGUUGUAUUCUUGUGGCCGGGCAUGAUCUUCACUUUUGUCAGUCGUCCCGGUCCCUGGACUCCUCGUCGGGAUUCAGAGCUGAACAAGCUAAAGAAGAAGCACAAAACAGACAUCACCGUUGUCAAAGAUGGACCUGCAGACCCACCUGCUCUCGGAAGGUGGGGCAGUCACGAUGCUGUGCAUGGUCCUGUUGAGGAGACCCUUGUUGAAGAGACGCCUAUCGAGACGCUCAUAGAGCGGAAUAGGGCCGAAGUGCAGAGGAUGCUACAGGAGGGAGAUCCGGAUAAGGAUGAGAUGAUUAGGCAGCGCAGCGAGGAGUUACUGAACAAGAACAAGGAUUUCAUUAGCGAAAGGCCGUUGAGUCCUGAGGAGUCUAGAUGA